AUGGCGGAGCCAGUCCCGCGACCCCGGAACCGGCUCUUACGAACGUAUGGGGCUGCGGGCGGCGGAGGGCCGCGGUGGCGGUCGGGCCGGGCAGGCGCGCAGUGGUUCGCGCCUCAAGAUACAAAGCGUGUCUUCAGCAGCACCAGUAGCAGCAACGCCAGUAGUGACGACCCCUCGCCCUCUGUCGCCUCCGACGAUUCUGAUGACCCCGACUUCUGCAGCGAGGUGGGUCUGCGGCGGAGGCGAGCUGGCGGGCGGAUCUCCAAGGCCCGGCCGAGCCUUAUCAUGACUCCAAGACGCCUGAGGCUGCGAGCGCGGCCGCCGCGGAAGUGCAGCACCCCCUGCAGCCCACUCGGUCCGCCGCCCUUCCCCAGCAGCACCCCGGGCCGCCUCAGCCCGGACCUCAGUGUGUGCAGCCAGCCCAGCGACGGCGGCCCGCUGGGCACCAGUGCCUCCUUAUUUAGCUCCCCAGCCUCUCCAGGCCCCGGUCCUGGGUCCCCAGCGCCAGGAGACAGUGUCAUAGGUACCGGCCCCUCUACCUCUCUGGAUGUCACCUCUCUGGAUCCAGCACCUCGUUCCUGCUCCCAGGAGGCAGCAACAGGAGGAAGCAGGUUCACCAGAUUGGCCCACCAAACUCGUUCAAGCCUCACGUCGGCUCUCUUUAGCCUUAUGGACUCAGGAAACCCGGAGGAUUGUGAGUUUGGGACAGGUGGGAAGAACAUGAGGGAGUCCUGCUGUGAAAGGGAACUGAUGGGGAAGAGGCUGGAGAGCCCAGGUUUAUCAAGCAUGCGAAAGAAGAGGGCCAGAGACAAGGACUCUUGUCAAGAGACUGGGGCUCAAGGGGCUGUCCAGACAGAAUAUGAGGAGGCCAGUGGUUGCAAGAGCUGUAAAGGACCUGGGAAAACCAACAGGCCUGAGAAAACUGGGCCAAACCAGAAAAGGAAACAUCAGGAGGCAGUAGAAACCUCUCUCCUCCAUUACAACCAGUUUAAAAAGGGCCAAAGGAUGGGAAAAGAUUCAUUCCUUACCCAGGAUCUGACUCAAUUCCAGAAUGACCGCUCUUGGACCAAAGCCAGGGCUUCCUUCAGUUUCCAUAAGAAAAAGAUCGUGACUGCUGUGUCAGACGUGUGCAACAACGCCACUACCAGUUCUCCCUCAGGGUCCUUCAUGUCAGAAUAUUCAAACUCUCCUGUCCUGAACAAAACAAGCAGUGCUCCAUCCCCUUGGCACUCCUCUUCCAUGUAUUUGCUAACCCCCUUAAAGACACCACAUGUCGCAGACCAAAAGGCAUCUGAUGCUGAAAAGGUUUAUAGGGAAUGCAACCAGGAGGGUCCUAUCCCCUUUAGCUCUUGCCUUUCCAUGGAAAGACUGGAAUGCUGUGAGAAGAUUGGGGAAGGAGUGUUUGGGGAAGUGUUUCAAACAAUUGAUCAUUGUACACCAGUAGCCCUAAAAAUCAUUGCUAUUGAAGGACCGGAUUUAGUCAAUGGAGCCCAUCAGAAAACAUUUGAGGAAAUCCUUCCAGAGAUCAUCAUCUCCAAAGAGUUGAGCCUCCUGUCUGAUGCUGUGUGCCACCGCACAGAAGGCUUUAUUGGGCUGAACUCGGUGCACUGUGUUCGCGGACCUUACCCUCCCUUGCUCCUCAAAGCCUGGGAUCACUAUAACUCAACCAAAGGGUCUGCAAAUGACCGGCCUGACUUUUUCGACAAAGACCAGCUCUUCAUUAUACUUGAAUUUGAAUUUGGAGGAACUGACUUAGAGCAAAGGAGAAAGACGUUGUCCUCCAUAGCUACUGCAAAGAGCAUUCUACACCAGGUCACCGCAUCCCUUGCCGUUGCAGAGGCAUCGCUGCACUUUGAGCACCGAGACUUACACUGGGGGAAUGUGCUCUUAAAGAAAACCAGCCUCAAGGAAGUCCACUACACCCUCAGCGGGAAGACAGGUACUAUCCCCACCUGUGGGCUGCAAGUCAACAUCAUUGACUACACCCUGUCACGCCUGGAGCGGGAUGGGGUCGUGGUUUUCUGUGACAUUUCCAUGGAUGAGGACCUUUUUACAGGUGAAGGUGACUACCAGUUUGAGAUCUACAGGCUAAUGAAGAAGGAGAACAACAACUGCUGGGGUGAAUACCACCCUUACAGUAAUGUGCUCUGGCUACAUUACCUCACAGAUAAGAUUCUGAAAGAAAUGGUCUUCAAGAGGAAAUGUAACACCCCUGCCUUGAAGCAAAUAAAGAAAAACAUCAUACAUUUCCAUCAGACAAUGCUGAACUUCAGCUCUGCCACUGACCUGCUCUGCCAACACAGUCUAUUUAAAACUCUAGUUUUUAUACCUUUGAGAAUCUGUAGUCACUCUGAAAAGAGUUGCAAUCGUGAUAGAGUCAAGACCCGCCUCUAAGUACCUGAGUCUUUGUCAGGUUCUUCACUCUUACAAGCCGGAGCCCUUGUAAUUUAAUUGGAACACAGAUUUGCAGCUGGAAUUCGGCUCCAAAGAAAUUUUCCCCAUGGAUCUGCAAAGUAAAGAGUAGGAAGUCAGAGUUGGUGUUGCUUUGCCACUUGUAGCUUUGCAAUAAUAAAUGCUAAGCACUUACA